UUCAAGCUGGUUUGCACCUGGGUGAAUAAUAUUUAACAGGCUUUAUUAAAUUCAGUAAACAAGGAUAAAGAGAAAACAUUAAAAUUUCAGGAUUGUUUAAAUUGAUAUAAGUAUAUCCGGCGAUGAAUAAAGUGCUGGUAGUCGGUAUUCUGCUUUGUCUUGUAGCUACGAUAGUUAGUAUUACUAGUACUGCAAUUCCGUACUGGCUUUAUCAAGAAAGAAUUGUUUUUAACAAAACAUUUACACAUUACAUUGGGUUAUGGAAGAGGUGUGCCAAAUACCCAGAUUCGUUUCCGAAAGCAUCAGGAUGCGUAAAAUUAGAGUAUGUACAAGACUGGUGGAAAUCAGUUCAGGCCCUGAUGAAUCUUGGGAUUCUAUUCCUGGCUCUGAGUACAUUUCUCGGAUGUCUUUAUUGCAAAGACGACUCCAGACAAAGCCUGUUACAUGGUGCUAUGUUAACAGCCGUACUUGGAGGUAUUGCGCUGAUCGUAGCUGUAAUUGUGUUUGGUGUGAAAGGUAGAGAUCAAAGAGCAUAUUUCCACGCUUGUUUUUACCUAGCCCUGGUGUCCGGAGCAGAUGGGUUCGUAGCUGCAGCACUUUUGGCAAUUUCGAAACGCCGUGGAGGAUAUAGCUCUAACAUUUAAAGUUGAAUAACAAAACUAGUAUCACUUAUCCUGUCUAUGAUAAUACGUAACUGUUUGUACUCUUGAACGGUUUACUUUCGUUAAGGUAGUUCUGCACGUACGAAUACUUUUCUACAAUGUAGAAUUUGGACCACGCACACGUUUUCAUAACGGAAGUCUAUGGAAAAUCACAAUUUUGAUCACAUUUUCGCAAACAGAAUAUUUUCACGGUGUACGAGAGAUAGAAUUAAAUGAAUUGGCAUAGUCGUAAAUGAGUGUAUUAUAUGUAAUAUGUUGAAAUAAAAUAAAUAGGUCUAUACGCUUGUAAUUGAGAUAUUUUCUGCUGUUAAAGAGACGUACAUUUCAAGCUAACGUUAAGAUGUUUUUCGGAAGUAGUUAUGUGUCAAAAGUUUUGAUACAAUAUUCAUAAAAAGAUAAAAUUAAAGAUAAAGUUUUAGUAAAUUUACUCAAUUGUUGCUAGAAUUUUUUUUUCAUUUCCGUAGGCCGAGUCAAGGCUUUAUUCUACGAUAUAUCUUGAUAAAUGAUGUAAAGCCAUUUCUUCCGGUUUAUCAAACAUGCAGAGCUACCUUGAUCAUUACUAUUCGGAUGUUUUCUGUAUCUGUAAACAACACAAUUAGCAGUAGAUAAAUGCUAUAUCUUAAAAUGUUUGGUAUGAAGAGUUAUAUAUAUGUAACUAGAUAACAGUUGGUUACAUUGUGAUGUCACACGAUUAUGAUGUGUAUAUUAACAUGAGGCCAUUUGCAAACUAACUAACAUAAUAUUGUUUAUACUCCCUAGACUUAAAUCAUGUAAGGGAUAUGCUACUGAUAAAUAUCUGUUAUAAACAUUAAUAUCACAGGGCGAUUAUUGGUCAAUCUGACAUCUAAAAACUCAACCUUCUUAGAUGUAAGAUCUGAAUGCUGCUCAUUCACAUUCAUAUUUAUACAUAAUCGGAUUUCCGAUAUUUCUAUAUUUAUUUCCAUUUAUUUUAUUUAAACCAAUUAGACGACUCGUUUCAACAAGAUUUGGCUUACUUUUCAACCAGAUCAUAUGACAACAAGAAGAAAAUACAUAAGAAAAUGGUUGCUAUAUUUAGAAGGCUUUGAACUUAGUUACUAACAGAUAAUAUGUAAUAGAAACACAUUUAUAUAAUAUACCGGUAACUACGUUUUCCUCCCUAGUGUAUUUGUCAAUAACGCAGGAAAAUUUUACUGCUGAGGCAGCUCGAGACUGAUUUUUGACUCGGGAAUGUUUUUUUUUAUUUGAUAUUUUAUAGAUUUUUAAGAUAGUUUAGAAUCAAAAACAUUAGUUCUGGUGUUCGUAAUAUGACCAAAUAUAUAGAAAAACAGAACUACACAAAACACAUUUAUUGACUGCAACGUGUUGUUUCCUAGGCGGGGUGUCCGCCAAAACUUUCUUCUUUUUGCUUUAUUUUUAUAAAAACACGAGGGCACAGUCGUGAUAUUGUCGUCAUAAGAAUUGUAAACCCGAUAUAAUCACAUACCGAAACUAAAUAUACAAUGUUUUAACUUGUACCUUUACUUUCAAAUCGUUGAAAGCGAGGCUCUGAUUUGCUACCGGAAAGGUCGUCUGAACGUGAGCCUCUACCAGUUGUCCCCAGAUCUAAUGCGUAGUGUUAAUAGGAGAUGAUUUCAGUCAGACUGAUAAUUGGUAGUCUUCAAGAAAAGAAUGUACAUGUAGGAAUCAACCUUAGUUAAGCUGUUAAGAUAUAUAUGUUUAAAAGAGCUUAUCUUCACAAGACAAAAGAUGUCUAGUUACUUUUGAAGAAUUCGAAAUAUAGAACAAGUCACACAAAGUAGCAUUUGAGAAAAAUGUAUUAGUCAUAAUGUAUUAUGAUCUUGACUUUUUUGUUGGAGCGUUUCCAUUAUGAAAGGUGACUAAGAAAAAUUCAGAUAUAUCUAAAUUCAAAGAAUUGUUACUGUCUGAUAAUAUAUUAAUUGUUGAAUGAAAACAAUUGGCAAAAAAUGAAUGUUUUGGAAACAAGAUGGUGUGUCCGCGUCUAUUUGCUAUUGUGUACAUUUGUCUUUUGUUAUACAUAGAGAAUAUGUUUUUGUUAAUUUGAUAUAUUCU